GUCUAAUUUUGGCAUAAUAUAAAAGUUCGGUUUAAGUAAGUACAUUAAUGAAAGGAACAGAGCAGAUCAGUGCCCCUCUGUUUCUGUGUCUAUCCGUUCGGAACAAAUAGGUUGAGAUUUUGAACCAACAAAUAAUAAUGUUGUUUAUUUUUAUUCUUUUAUAAUGCAAAAGUAAUGUUUUUCUUUUUAUUAUUUUCAAUUACCAUACAAUAAAAGUAAAAAACUUUUUAUUGUUUAUUACUACACAAACUAAUAAUAAUGGUAAUAAUAAUAGUAAGAAGAAGAAGAAGAAAAGGAGAAGUGAUGUGGAGAAUGGGGAAGUGCAUGGGAGGGGAGGGGGUACGUGUAUGGUGUUGCUAUGUAAUAGGAUUAUAUUUGGUAUAUACGUGAAGAGAGAAGAACAACGUAAGCUCAAAUUAGCAAUGCAUGCGGAUCAUCAUCCUUUUCCUUUUCUUUCUCUUCUUCUUCUUCUUCUUCUUCCUUCAUCAUCAUCAUCCCUCUCUUUCUUUCAUCAAAACAAAAAUAACAAAACUCUGUAGACAUCACCACCUUCUCUUUCUCUUUCUUUUUCUCUUUCUGUUGUCUUUUCUUAACUUCCAUUCCAUCAAUGGAUGAACUCAGAAUAGAAGACGAUGAAAGAGAGGCACUCGCCGGUCUAAGUAGUGUCCCACCGCCACGCAAGUCCCAAUCUUACAGCCAACAGCUCCGGACAACCUCUGCUCCAGCCCCCAAACGCAACCACCAACAACGCAACCACAGCCUCGACGACACCCAGAUGCCCCAACUCACCCUCUACGACUCCGACGACGACGAUGAAUUCUUUCCUUAUUCUUCCACCACCAACCCCAACCAGAGACUCGACCAGAACCUCUGCGCAGACCUCCCCUCCGAGGAUCACCGCCAUUAUCAGCCACUGCCCGAGUUUAUUGGAAACGGCGGUGGUGCUGGCAUUUUCAAAGUUCCAGGACGUGCUGCUGUCCACCCCGGACGGCCGCCGUGCUUGGAGCUGCGGCCGCAUCCCCUAAGGGAAACCCAAGUGGGAAAAUUCCUGAGGAACAUUGCUUGCUCGGAGACGCAGCUGUGGGCAGGUCAGGAGAGUGGGCUACGUGUGUGUCAUUUCAAGGAUGCUUACGAAGGUGGAUGUGGCCUCGGUGGGAGGGUAUUGAGGGGUGACGAGGAUGCAGCGCCCUACCAAGAAUCAGCCAACACAUCCCCCAUCUUGUGUUUGAUGGCUGACCAGGGGAAUAGGCUUGUUUGGAGUGGGCAUAAGGAUGGAAAGAUUCGAUCUUGGAGAGCUGAUCAACCUUUGGAUGCAACCCCAUCAACCCCUUUUAAGGAAGCCCUUGCUUGGCAGGCACACCGGGGACCUGUUCUUGCUAUGGCAAUGACAUUUCAUGGUGAUCUGUGGUCGGGUUCUGAAGGUGGUGUUAUUAGGAUGUGGCCAUGGGAAUCCAUAGAAAAAUCUCUUUUAUUGAAACCAGAAGAAAGAUACAUGGCUGCUUUGUUGGUGGAGAGGUCAUUCGUGGACCUUAGAAGUCAAGUCACAGUCAAUGGUGUUUGUAGCUUAUCUUCUCAAGACGUCAAGUGUUUGUUAUAUGAUAAGACUAGAGCCAAAAUCUGGUGUGCUGGAUCUCUCUCAUUCUCAUUGUGGGAUGCGCGUUCAAGGGAGCUUGUGAAAGUGUUUAACAUAGAAGGGCAGAUCGAGAAUAGAGUUGACAUUUCAUCAGUCCAGCAAGAACAGACAGCUGUAGAAGAUGAGAUGAAGGUAAAAUUUGUGAAUCCAUCGAAAAAGGAAAAAUCUGGGGGCUUUCUACAACGGUCGCGUAAUGCUAUUAUGGGAGCUGCAGAUGUGGUUCGGAGAGUGGCAACUAGAGGUGCAGGGGCAUUUGUAGAAGAUACCAAGAGAACAGAAGCUCUAGUGAUAACCGCGGAUGGCAUGAUAUGGAGUGGAUGUACAAAUGGGUUGUUGGUGCAGUGGGACGGCAAUGGAAACCGUGUGCAAGAUUUCAGCCAUCACCCGUGUGCUGUACAAUGCUUUUGCACUUUCGGGACGAGACUAUAUGUAGGGUAUGUCAGUGGCAUCAUUCAGGUGUUGGAUUUAGAAGGAAAUCUGAUUUCUGGGUGGGUUGCUCACAGCAGUCCUGUAAUCAAAUUGGCUGUUGGAAAUGGCCAUGUUUUUAGCCUGGCUACUCAUGGUGGCAUUCGCGGUUGGAACAUUACAUCUCCAGGGCCUAUCGACAAUAUCUUGCGUUCAGAAUUGGCUGCAAAAGAAAAGAUAUAUACCAGAAGAGACAAUGUUAGACUUUUGGUUGGGACAUGGAAUGUUGGUCAAGGAAGAGCCUCUCAUGAUGCACUUAUGUCAUGGUUGGGCUCUGCUGUCCCAGAUGUUGGUAUUGUUGUAAUUGGAUUGCAAGAAGUUGAGAUGGGGGCUGGCUUUCUUGCAAUGUCUGCCGCGAAAGAAACUGUAGGGCUUGAAGGAAGUUCUGUUGGACAAUGGUGGCUGGACAACAUAGGCAAGGCAUUGGAUGAAGGAAAAACGUUUGAGCGCAUGGGAUCUAGGCAACUGGCAGGCUUGCUCAUAUCUCUAUGGGUAAGAAAGAAUCUUAGAACGCAUGUUGGGGAUAUUGACGCUGGAGCAGUUCCAUGUGGGUUUGGUCGUGCUAUUGGUAAUAAGGGAGGUGUUGGUUUGAAGAUCAGAGUUUACGACAGGAUAAUGUGUUUUGUGAACUGUCACCUGGCUGCACAUUUGGAAGCUGUGAAUCGCCGGAAUGCUGAUUUCGAUCACAUUUAUCGCAACAUGGUGUUCAACAGAUCAUCAUAUUUCCUUAAUAAUUCAGCUGGUAUGGUGAAGCUCCUAAUUUUGUGUUUCUGUGUUGCCUUGUCCACAUAUUUAUCAUGGCUCCUUUAUUCUUCUGGCUUCCCAUGGCUACUCUGUCUUGCAGCUGGAGUCUCAACUGGUUCUCAUAUGAUGCGUGGAACAAAUGCUAUGGGUGGAAACUCUGAAGAAGCAAGGCCUGAACUAGCAGAGGCAGAUAUGGUUGUGUUCUUGGGUGAUUUCAAUUACAGGCUUUUUGGCAUAUCUUACGAUGAAGCGAGGGACUUCGUUUCUCAGAGAUGCUUUGAUUGGCUCAGAGAAAAGGAUCAGCUGAGGGCAGAGAUGAAAGCUGGUAAAGUUUUUCAAGGGAUGCGUGAGGCACUCAUAAAAUUCCCUCCCACUUACAAGUUUGAAAGGCACCAAGCUGGUUUGUCAGGAUAUGAUUCUGGCGAGAAAAAACGAAUUCCUGCAUGGUGUGACAGAAUAAUAUAUCGCGACAGCAGACCGGCUCCAGUGUUUGAGUGUGGUCUAGAGUGUCCUGUUGUGGCAUCAGUUUUGCAGUACGAGGCAUGCAUGGAUGUGACUGAUAGCGAUCACAAGCCUGUACGGUGUAAAUUCAACGUUCAAAUCUCCCAUGUUGACAGAUCAGAGAGGAGAAAGGAGUUUGGAACAAUUUACAAAUCCAACGAAAAGAUCCAGUCGAUGCUCCAAGAGUUAUGUUAUGUUCCAGAUACAAGUGUGAGCACUAACAGUAUAGUCCUCCAGAAUCAGGACACUUUCAAUCUACAGAUCUCCAACAAUAGUUCCAACGACAUAGCCAUAUUUAGAAUUGUUUGUGAAGGACAGAGCACUAUCAAGGAGGGUCAAGAAGUAGAACAAGAAGAAGCUGAGGAGGGUGCAGUUGCGGGGUAUCAACCAAGAGGGUCCUUCGGCUUUCCAAGAUGGCUGGAGGUGUCACCGGCAGCAGGGAUGAUCAAAGGCGAGCAAGUGGUUGAAGUAUCAAUCAGGCAUGAAGAGGUUCACAGCGUGGAAGAGUUUGUAGAGGGCAUUCCACAGAAUUGGUGGUCAGAGGACACACGAGACAAGCAAGUUAUUUUGGCAGUGAAUGUCCAAGGCAGUUGUUCCACUGGAAUAAACACUCACCGAAUAUGUGUGCGCCAUUGUUUCUCUUCCAAUAAGACACUACGCCUUGACUCAAAACUAUCCACCACCUCCAAAAAGACUUCCUUCCAAAUCACAGAUUCUCGCCAAACUUCUGAUCAUACUACUACUACUCAUCAUGACAAAUCAUCAUCAUCAUCAUCAUACAAGGCAGAUCCACCCAGGACUGACAAUUUGAAGCAGUUGUAGAUGCAUAUACAUAUAUGCCCAUACCCACACUACUUACUACUACAUAUUUAUUUUUUAGGCAUUUUCUUCAUUUAUUUUUCACUUUGAUGUACAGAGUGUUACCUUUUCUUCACACAACAUCACUAAUGCGAGUUGUAAGAGAGAAAUUGGACACUUAAGAAGACUUAAGUGAUUUUAACAUUUUUUUUUUUGUUUUCAAUUACGUACGUACUUAGAUGCAUUAAAGGAAUCCUUAUGGUCAUCAGUUCAUUAAUUAAUACAAGAACUUUUAAACCCAA